CUCGAUUGGUCCUUGCCUUCCCUCGUCACCAGCUUCACAUCACUCGCCUGUUGCCUGCCUGCCCGCCACGUCAAAUAGAGGGAUGUCGUCCAAUUCGGUGCUCCCUUCUCCUGGCUGCUCGCUCCUCGCGCAAUCACAACCAUCCAUCACCAGAUCGGUCCGUCACAUCUGCUUGCCUGCUCUACUCACUCCUCCCCCCUCCCGACAUUCCCGAAUCCUUGGUGUAACCACAACACGCAAAUCCGCAAAUCCACUUUCGCUUCCCCCUCCUCCCUUGUCUACUCCCGUCCAGUAUCUGGGCUGUACACUGCACCGCUGGUGGUCUCGAAUCUCGAGUCUCUCUUUCAGGUCGACGUGACUAGGUGCCCAGGAAAGACCUCGAGCCUUGUCGUUGAUCGAUAGUGCUUCCUGAUUUCAGCUCGUCAGGACAAGAUCUCCACGUUUUCAGCUAGCCUCCGCGAUCUAUUCGAUACCUCUCUACCAAUCAUGAGGCAGCGAAUGGAUCCGACGGUUAGAUGGGCUUCCCUCGCGAUCUGCGCGUGGCUGCUGGUCUCCUCGAUCUGCGUCGUCGAUCUCGCUGCGGCCGACGAUGACGCGUGCGCCGCGGAGCGCGAGGGCAAGGCGCGGUGCGAGGAUCUCGUGACCAAGGUCAAGGCGGAUCUUUCGGCGGCUAAGGCGCGCGCGGACUCCGCGGAGUCGGCGGUGGCGGGUGUGCGCGCGGAGGCGCAAACCGCGGGGGAGAAGACGCGCGCGUGCGAGGCGGAGGCGGGGAAGCUCCGCAAGGACGUGGCGGAGCUGACGAGCAAGGCGCAAUCCGCGGAGAAGAAAGCGGGCGAUCAGGGCGGCGAGGUGCGCGCGCUGAAGGAGAAGGUGAAGGCGCUCGAGGGGCAAGUGGCGGACAGCAAGGCGCAGCAGCAGAGCCUGCAGUCACAGAUCUCGUCCAAAGAGGCGCAGGCGAAGCAGGCGGAGCAGCAGGCGGCCGCGCUGAAGGCGGAGCUGGAGGCGACUAGGCGCGAGGCGAAGCGGGCGCAGGAGGAGCUCAAGGGCGCCAAGGACGAAGCGGUCAAGGCCAAGGCGGCGGCCAAGGACGCGUCGGAGUGCCACGGCAAGCUCACGCGCUCCAACACGCUGCUCAAGGAGACCACGGACUCGUUGGCGCGGCUGGAGCGCGAGGUGGACGCGAAGCACGAGCAGCUGCUGCAGGUGUCCAGCAAGUGGCUGCCGCCGUGGCUCGAGGACUACCUCCUCUCCGCCAAGGACUCGAUUGUCUCUGUGUGGACUGACAAGGCACUUCCUGCCAUUGCUGCUGCUCGUGCUGAGGUGGUGCAUGUGGUAUCGCAGAUCGGUGGAGCCGUUGGGCCCCAGCUCACUGCCGCUUACAAGGCGGCCAAGGACAGCCUUCACCCGCACCUCACCAACCUGCACGCCCAGACCCAGCCGGUGGCGCGCAAGGCUGUGGCGGAGGCGCGUGUGGCGCUGGCGCCGCUGGCAGCAGUGGUGGGGGAGAAGGGCGGGGAGGUGUAUGGGCAGGUGCAGUCCGCGCUGUCCCCGCACAUCAACCAGACCUGGACCGCUGUGCAGCCACACGUCGAGUCCCUGUGCGUGCUGCUGGACCCGCAUCUGUUGACGGCAAAGGUGGCAGCAGCAGCAGCCGCGAAGCCCCUGCAGCCACACUGGGAGCGGUACAAUGCGGCGGUUAGGGACAUGGUGGUGGCUGCUGCUGACUUCUUCACUGAAGACGCUCUCCCCGAGGAUGCGCUCUACUGGAUGGUCAUUGCAGCACACAUCCUUGCGCUUAUCCUCAUGUUCAAGCUCACCUCCACGACCUCCAGCCUUUUUUCGGCACCGUCCAAGAAGGCCAAGAAGCCUUCCUCGAAGUCCAAGUCUUCGCACCGGUCUCGUCGCCACCACAGCAAGCCGGCGUCAAAGCAGCAGGCUAGCAAUUAGAUGUGGUAGUAUUUCCCUCGCACAAGUUUUUAUUGUGCACUGCAAUUUUGAACAGCUUAGGUCUAGUUGACUUGUAUUGGCUUAUGCUGCUAGGGUUAGCAUUGUUGACCAAAUCAUGGAUUGUCAAACAUUGUCGAACUACUCUUUAUGCCCUGUUACUUCAGGAAUACCCCAAA